AUGUCCGCUUACAAAGACCCAGUGUGCCCGGAACUCACCCUAGUGGAGGACACACCUUCUGCGAUCUUUGUUCCAUAUGUGCCGCGCUGGAAUCGUCACCUACCCGAUACAGAUCUCAACCCAAGUGAACACACCAUCAUCCUUGGCGCCUAUUUUUCUCAAUCCUGCAGCUGGAACAUGAUGGUGAAUCCCACCUGUUUCGUUCGCGAUUACAGUAAAGCAUUGUCGCAGGACGUCUGCGGGGAAGUAGCCCACUACUCCCCAAUGCUUCAUAACGCGAUUCUGGCUUUCGCAUUGGCGUUCUCGUCAAAUCCAGUGCACCAAUCUGUGGAGUUCCGCCGGCGGUUCGCCACUCAAGCGAAAAUUUACAUUGAUACUGAGUGUCAAGCCCCGACCCUGAGCACUGUUCAAGCGCUUGCGAUCCUCUCUUGUUACUAUAGCGGAGUUGCCGAAUUGGUCCUCAGCUUUACAUACCUAGGCACGGCUAUGCGAGUUUCCCAAGCUCUCAAUCUGGAAAAUGUGAAAGUGGGAAUUACGCCGAGUGAUAUUGAUUAUCAGCGCGCUUGCGUCUUCUGGAGCCUAUAUUCGAUGGAUAAAUGCUGCAGUUUGUAUGUUGGUCGACCCCAAACCCUCAUUCCUUCCUUCGAAGGCACAUAUCAACCUUCAGGCAUCCCCCCGAUUGACUAUGGUGUGGACUUUGGCAUGGAGUGCUUGCAACCCCCAGCAUCUCAUGUUUCAGGACCACCCAAUAUUGCAUUUAUUUGGCACAUCAAAAUGAUGCGUAUCAUUCAAGUUGCCAUGAAGCUGCUGUAUGGCAAAAACGGUGUUUGCAACUCUGUGAUUGAUAUUCGCCACAUUGAGUACAUAAGGUAUGAUGGCAUUCGCGUGGUUCCGAAUCACCCUGAUGUUGGCGGGCGGAAUAGUGGGCAGUUAGAGCGAUGGAAACGAGAUCUCCCCGGCUCUCUUCGCGUCGAUGACAAAGACCCCAAUCUUCUAGUCACUCCCGAAGUGACAAUGGUUAAUCUCAUGUGUGAAUGGAUCCACAUCCUUCUGUAUCAGCCAUUUUACCAAGAUCGCUCCAGCAUCCGUUACAUCACCAAUCCCACGCACCAGAUCGGUUUCUCUGAUCAGGAUUGCACCCGUGUCUCGCAACAUCGCGAUCGCGCAUAUAAGACCGCCACACCUGCCGCUGAGCGGAUUCUUUUUUUGUUGGAAAGAUUCGACUCUCAACAUGGUCUCGACAAGAUGGACAAUACCUCUGUCCAGAUAGCUUAUGUUGCAGGAAAAGUUCAUUAUUUGGGGAUUCUGGAUGGUACUUGCACUAUCUAUGGAACCAUCUCGCCCAAGGACGGCAUGAUGAAAGCCAUUCAACUCCUGAGGAGGAUGGGGACCAUUUGGAAAUCUGCUGUGGCGUCGGCGAACAGACUUGAGGAAUUGUUCACAGCUGCUUGUGGAAAUGCGUUGGGGGAAAACUCGGCAUCGUAG